CGGCGUGAGUGUGUUUACGACAGUUGAGCGCGGAAUCCGGCAGCGGCUUGCUCGGUCUCGCCUGACAGAACAUAAACACACACAUAAUAAUAAUAACACACAUAAAGUCAUCAGUCCGGUGAAUGGAGACGAUCAAACGCGAGCCCAACAGGAUGGCGCAGGCCGUGGCCAACGUCGCACGCAGGAUCAAUGCCACCAUGGAGGAGCAGAGAGACUCGCUGGGUGCGGAAAUCUCAAUAAAUAGUCUUUCCAUUGAUGUAUGGUUUGUUCGACUUAAUAUAUAUAUAGAUGGUUUUGUUGAAGUAGGGUUUUCUCGUUUCGCUGUAGAGGUGGAUCUGCAGGGUAACGUCCUCACAACGCUGCCGGAGGCGGUCGGAAACAUGCAGCACUUGAUCAGCAUCGAUCUCUCCAGAAACAAGCUGAGGGUUUUCCCCGAGCGCCUGACGGAUGUGAGCAGCCUCCAGCACAUCAGCGUGGAGGGGAACCAGAUCACAGAGCUGCCGAUGGAGAAGCUGUCUCUGAUGCCUGCUCUGAAGAGUGUGGAUGUGCGGAGUAACCCGCUGACGCCGGAGGCCGCGUCUUUCCCGCAUCUCUUCACUCUCCUGACAUGAGUAAACACAUGGUAAAGAACAUGAGGAACGGGGCUUCCGUCUGUCUCUGAUGCUGCUGUUUCAUUUCUAUGCACUGAACCGCAUGCUGUGCCUCCGACUUUUUCAAUAAAAAUAUUUAUUCAAUCCUGCAAA